UACUUCUGAUUUCCGUAGACAGCACCAUUUUAUUUUUGCAUGACCAGCAGUUAACAGAGCUUCACAACUCCUCUUCCAUGGCAUCAACCAUGCCGUUCUCCGCUGGCCUUGUUUCCCUUGGGUUUCCGCCGCCGCAGCACCACAGCUGCAGGCUCCAGCGAUAUCAACGACCGUGCACUCUCAUUUCAUCAGCUAUAAGACAUGGUCAGGUUAAAGCUAUGGCUGGAGUGAGCAUGGAUGGCUUGGCACGGCCUCAAGCCCCGGUUGCAGUGGUCACCGGAGCAUCGAGGGGGAUUGGGCGAGCGAUAGCUGUGGCUCUUGGCAAAGCAGGGUGCAAGGUAGUUGUGAACUAUGCCAAGUCAGGCAUGGAAGCUGAAGAAGUGUGCAGAGAGAUCAUGGAGUCCGGUGGCACUGCCAUCUCCUUUUCAGCCGAUGUCUCCAUUGAAGCCGAGGUUGAAACCAUGAUGAGAGCGGCAAUUGAUACUUGGGGAACGCUGGACGUCCUGGUGAACAAUGCAGGGAUCACGCGAGAUGCUCUGCUAAUGCGGAUGAAGAAGGCGCAGUGGCAGGAAGUAGUGGACGUAAACCUUACCGGUGUUUACCUCUGUGCCCAGGCUGCGGCGGCAGUGAUGAUGAAGAGGAAGAAGGGAAGAAUCAUCAACAUCGCCUCAGUUGCCGGGAUGAUCGGCAACAUUGGCCAGGCCAACUACUGCGCCGCAAAGGCCGGGGUGAUUGGAUUGACCAAGGCCAUGGCCCGGGAAUACGGUGGCAGAAACAUAAAUGUGAAUGCAGUUUCCCCGGGCUGGGUCGCGUCUGACAUGACUGCAAAACUAGGCGACGACAUCGAGCGGAAGGCGCUCGAGACAAUACCAUUAGGACGAUUCGGCAAGCCAGAGGAGAUCGCUGGACUGGUGGAGUUCUUGGCUGUUCAUCCGGCUGCAAGCUACAUGACCGGGCAGGUGCUCCCAGUUGAUGGUGGCCUGUCCAUUUGAGUGCUACUGCAACCGAACCGAAGCGAGCUGUGGAAACGUAAAUUUUCCUAUGAGAAACAAGGUUGUGUCACACACAAUUAAGCUCAACAUAGCUCCAUUCCUUUGCGUCAGGCUUGUAACGUACGGAGUGGCUACUCUUGUGUUCUUUACAGGGAGGUUGGAGAAAGUUGUAGCCUGUAUGGACAUUCAGUAGUAUGUAUUGGCCAUAGCAUAUACUCGAUCAUUUGGUUCAACCGAAAGUGCCACAAAAGAACCAAAGUUAACGAAUGCAUAUCCAAGAUAUAUUGUACAAGUCCGCCAAAUGUUAUGUUUUGGCUGUCCUUUGUCUUUGACGUUUUUAUUUUGCAUCAAAGAGUAUUUGAAUUAGCAUGUUAGGCA